UGUCCCCCGCCAGGAGUGACGUGAGCCGCGCGGGUCUGCAACGGCGAGGAGUGUGCGGGCGCCUAGACCCUGAUCGGCGCGGAGGAUGCCCCGAAGUGGCUUCGAUGCCCUCACGCAGCCUCUGGGGGAUGCAACUCCACUUAGAGGGGAGCCCAGGGUCAGGAUGGAAGGGCAGAGGAGGAGCAAAGCCAAUGGGUUCCAGCCCCAGGUGCCCCUUCCGGGGUUCGCACCACCGUUUCCCGCAGACUGGCCAAGUGCCUUACAUUCGUCAGAGCUGCGCCCUCUCCUAGCGUGAGGCGCGGCCCUGCUCUUCUCCCUAAGGGAAGCCAGGCUCACCUGAUGGCCUCUGAGGGCACUUGGGACACUUUCGGAACCCAGCCGCCUUUAGGACCCAGGGGAAAUCACGUGCUCCACGCCUGUCCGCGGAGCCAGUUCCUGAUUUCUGAGGCGGGGCAGCCACUGCUGCAGAGGUGGCAUUGUCGCGGGUGCCCUGUGGCCAGCCCAGAAGCCCCUGUGCCUGCUCUCAGGGUCCCUCCAGGGCCACCACCAUGAAACUGCACCGCAAGUCUGUGCUCAGUUUCUUCCAAGGCUGCAGAGCCCAGGCCCCAGACCAGGAGGGCAUCUUGCUGAAGAAGGGGGCCCGAAACAGCAGCUACCAGCGCCGCUGGUUUGUCCUCCGUGGAAACCUCCUCUUCUACCUGGAACACCAGGAAGCCCACACUCCCCUGGGCCUCAUCCUGUUGGAGAGCUGCCGGGUGGAGCCUCGCCUUAAGGCCGCAGAGCCCUUCGCCUUCACCAUCGUGACCCCCGGGGGAGAGGGCACAGGGGGGCGGGCCUACAAGCUGGCCGCAGAAAGCCAGGAGGAGCUGAGGGCUUGGCUGUGGGCGCUGGCCGGGGUGAGCUGGAGGCGGCUGGCUAGGCUGCUUCCCCCCAUGGAGGCCCAGUACCGGGAGCUGUGCCAGGCGGCUGGCCAAGAACCCAGGUGCCCCGCCGAGGACUGUGGCUUUCUAGCCAUCCUCGGGCCCCACUCCAGCUUCCAGGAGCUGCACGAGCGCUUUGGGAAGGAGAUCCGGGUGCUGCUGGCAGUGCACAGAGGACUCCGGGAAGCCAGGUCCCAGGCAAAGCUGGAGCAGCUCAACCAGUGUUUGUCGAGUGACUGAGAGGCAGACCAAAGGCCAGGGAGUACCCAUCUGCAGAGAUCACCGGAGACCCAGGCCCUGGCUCCUUCCCACCCUGCACCCUAAUCCCGGCCCCAAACCCCUUCAUCAAAUAACACGGCAGGAGACGGCCCAGGGACAA